AUGAACAUUGACAUCCCGGAUCUGGUCAAGAAGGCGGUGCCGGAAUCAGAAGGUCGCAACGCGCGCAUCGUCUCCGAUAAUUGGACCCGCUCCAACUACAGAGAUGUCAACUUUCUAUCAUCGGGCUUUCCUCGCUCGCGGCCAAAGCUAUACAUAACUGCAGAGAGUGACGAGUUCGAUGAGUUGACCCUAGCUGAAUGGCGCGAUGAGGGCUUCGAAGUCGAAUAUCUGCCCAUGGGGGACCCAAAGAAGUAUCGGGGCAAGCUCCGAUCUUUGAGUAAAAAGAAGAUGGAUCCAUGCCAGACAUUUGGCAUCGUCGCGUACGGUGAUGCCGCUGCUGUGUGCCUGGAGCAUUACCACGUUCUGGACAACAACCCGGAGUUCAAACUCGGGCUGCUAAUCGCGUACUAUCCGACGGCUAUCCCAGACCCUCAAGGGCACUUUCCCAGCAGCAUCUCGGCUCUCGUUCAUCUUGCCGCAGAUGAGGAGAUUGGCAUCACGAAGCGAUCCCAGAUGGUUGGGAUUCAAGGGAAAAGGCGAACCACGCGAAAGAAGGUGGAAAGCGGCAUUGGCACUGGAGGAACUUUGAAGCUGGCGUACCCAACCUACACGUACGACGCCGCGCCUGGUUUCGCCGAGCAUGACCUUGACGACUUCGACAAAAUCUGUGCCGAGUUAGCAUGGAGCCGGAGCUUGACCGCGGCAAGAAAGGCCUUCAAUAAUUAUGCGGACCUAGAACUCGUGUUGGAGGAAAACGUACAGGGUAAAUUCUUCACCCGAAACCUGAACCAAACGCUUUCAUCGUACACAACACACAAGAGCCCACACGUUACUCAUAUCCCGACUUUGACGGGAGGAAUUGGGUCAUCAGAGCUCGAGCGUUUCUACUCUCAGUUUUUCAGCAACCCCCCGUCGAUGAGACUGACCUUGAUUUCCCGCACUAUUGGGGCUGAUCGAGUUGUCGACGAGGUUCAUGUCCGCUUCAAGCACACCGAGGAGAUGCCUUGGAUCUUGCCCGGUGUCCCUGCUACGAACAAAAGGGUCGAGGUCCUCGUGGUCAGCAUCGUGGGAUUGAGGGGAGGCAAGAUUUACCACGAGCAUGUGUAUUGGGACCAGGCUAGUGUUCUGGUGCAAGUUGGCUUGUUAGAUCCGAAUCUAGUACCCGAAGAAGCGCGUAAGAGCGGAGUGCAAAGGCUACCCGUUGUCGGGAGAGAUGCGGCAAGACGGGUUCUGAAGGGUUGGGACCUUGGAGAGGAAGGAGAAGCUGAUAACGAGCUGAUACCUGGCUGGGAUGAGGGCGAAUCCGGAGACGAGAAGGAUGAAGAGAGGACGACCGAGGAGAGUGGACAACUAAAGAAUGGCGAACCAUCUAAGAGCAGCGAGCAGCCAAAAGACAACGAACAACCAAAGGAUACCCAACGACCAAAUGACACUCAACAGUCUAAGGGUAGCGAAAAGCCGAAGGGUAGCGAGAAACCAAAAGGCAGGAAGAAGCCAAAGGGCGUCGGGCAAUCCAAGGACGUUGAACAGCCUAAGGAUAACGAAGGACCGAAGCAUAGUGAAGAACCAAAGAAUAUCGAACAACCCAAGGACGCUGAAGGACUUAAGGAUAUUGGACAACCGAAGGAAAGCGAAAAGCCCACGGACAUCGAAGGAUCCAAAGACACCGAAGGACCCAAGGAUGACCUAAGCGAAACAACUUUGCCGCAACGAGAAAAGCCUUCCACAGCAGAUACUACCAGCGCGUAA